AUGGGAAAUGAAUUUGAUAUCAAGCUAUUUUUCAACCUACCAAUAAGGAUAAGGUACAAAAUAUACAAAUUUUUAAAUAAACCAUCCACAAAACAAGACCAGCAGGACCAUACGGACCAAUAUCAACCUUUAAACAUAAUUGCUUUAAAGACCCCUGCAAUUAGUGAUUUAUUCUUACAACCCUUGUUGUCAUCAACCGAUUCCACAAAUAACGAAAAUCGAAUAACACCUACAAAAUUAUUUCACUACAAGUCAUUUUUACGCAAGCUCCAGCUUUAUAACGAUGAAUUUGAAAUAUAUUUUGAAAACUACCCCAACUUUGUAAUUUCUUGGAUUAAUUAUAUGAUUUGGCUCAAAUAUGAUUGUAUUAUAUUGGAUUACUUUCGACUUUACAAGUAUGAUCAACUAUGGGACUUGAAUUGUUACUUCAUUAAAAAUACUACGCCCAAAACAGAAUUUAGCUCUAGAUCUAAAUCGAUGUAUACAAUGUGUUACUUUGUCAAAACCCAAAAUAAAAUACCGUUGAUUUAUUACACUUUUGAGGAAUAUACGAAGUUAAUUGGAGGUGGUGAUAUUCAAGCUGAUCUAGAUAAUGGUAUGAGAAUUAGAUAUGUGUUACGAAGCGACCAUAACAGUGCCAAUAUUAAUCAUAGGGCAAACCGUAUCAAACGUGAAACAAUGGAUGACAAUAAUUACAGCAAUCUUUACAAAUAUAUAACUGAUAUAGUGGUAUCUUUUAAAGUUUUUAACGACACAAUACUAUUGAAUAACAACUGCAAUAUUAAAGACCAAUAUGAGGCCGCAUUUUUUACACAUUUAUUAGCUAACAAUGGAACAAACGACAAUUUGAAAACUUUACAAGUAACAAAUAUAGGUGAUAAUGAUCCAAAUGAUACCAAUAUCUCAGCGAUUGUAAAUGAACUGGGAUAUAAUUUAUUAUGGUUUGAAUGGAGAAGACAUUUUAAGGAGCUAAUUUUGCAAUUUAAUAGAAAUCCACCCAAACCCACUCUUGAAUUUUUGAAUUUAAUAUUUUGGGAUAAUUUAAGAAAACUUUCUCUUGAGCAUUUAGAGUUUUUAGAUUUAAAUAAAGUUGGACUACUAGGACACAUGAAGGAAGAAAUUGAAAUUGAGAAUAAUGAUGAUUUUGGGCAGGAGGAUGAAACCGAUGAAGAGGAAAAGAAGGAGGAUUAUGCCCAAAGUAAGUGUAAUAAGAAUAAAUUUGAUAGCAAUAGCAGUUGUGGUAUCAACGCAAGAAGAACAAGUACAAGAAGAGGAACAUGGGAGAGCUCACAAUAUACCCAUUAUUAUGACAUCAAAAUAAAAGAUAUAAAACAUCUGCUUUGGUGGGAUCAAAAAGACUUAUUCUGGGAAUACAGUAAUUUCAGAAAUAAUGAAAAAGAUAAGACCAAACAGCAGGAAAACAGUCUUACUUUAGGUUUAAAAAUAUGGGAUAUCGGCUAUUGGGAUUCUAUAUCUUCAUUGGUUUUAGAAAAUAUCGAAAAACUUGAAAUACCAGUUUAUGGUUCAUGUACUUUAUUUUCACCCCCGGUAGCUGCCUAUACAACUGGCAAAAAAAAAAGAAAAAUUGAAGAUAUCACGACUUAUCCUGCUAAAACAAAGACAAAUAUCAAACAAGAGUUUGAAGAAUAUCAAGAUUUAUAUAUUCCUAAAGGCAUUUUAGAGAAUGGAGGCUUUAAGAUGGAUAAUUUGUCUAAAAUUAAUAAUCCUCACAUAAAAAUUACACCUAUAUAG